CUCCACACGUUUUGAUGACCCACACAGCGGAUGCCGUAUUCGGACUUUGUCGUCAAAGCUGAAGAAGAUGUGACUUGCUUUGUCGCUUAGCAACACUUUUCUUCAGGUUGUGGUCAUGUCAACGCAUAAUGACAAUCACCAACUGCUAUGGGGUGUUCUAUUAGGAUCACUCGUCACAGCUUCCUCCAUCACCCUGUAUCUCAACCUCUCCUCGUCUAAAAAGCAUAGUCCUCGACAUCGUCGUGAUUCCCUUGAUUCUAACCAUUUAUGCCCACCUGGUAAUAUCAGAGGCAUGGAAAUUGUUGACGGCGUGGACGGUCUUAUUGGCAACACGCCGCUGAUGAAAAUAAGGAGCCUGUCUGAAGCGACAGGAUGUACCAUAUUGGGAAAAGCAGAGUUUUUAAACCCGGGUGGGAGCGCAAAGGAUAGAGUUGCAUUAAAUAUCAUCAAGACGGCAGAAGAACAAGGCCUAUUACGGCCCGAUAACGGAAGCACCGUGUUUGAAGGUACUGUUGGAUCGACUGGUAUCUCAAUUGCCAUGAUUGCUCGUGCAAAGGGUUACAAUGCAUGGAUUGUCAUGCCAGAUGAUCAAGCAAAAGAAAAAUAUCAGCUAUUGGAAAAAUUAGGAGCAACAGUAGAGAAGGUUCGACCGGUCAGCAUUAUUGACAAGCGGCAAUUUGUUAAUCUUGCCCGUACAAGAGCGGAAGAGUUUAGUAAAGAUGGCGAAGCAUCCAAGGAAGCGCAAGGAUAUUUCGCCGAUCAAUUUGAGAAUAGAGCCAAUUUCCAGAUUCACUACCAAACUACCGGUCCAGAAAUUUAUCGUCAAACCGGUGGUAAAGUAGAUGCUAUUGUCCUUGGCGCAGGCACUGGAGGCACGCUAUCCGGUAUUUCUACCUACCUCAAAUCUCUUUUACCAGGUCUCAAAGUGUUUCUCGUUGAUCCGCAAGGAUCUGGUCUCUACCAUAAAGUCAAGCAUGGCAUUAUGUACUCGCCUACAGAAGCUGAAGGCACACGUCGGCGCCAUCAAGUGGACACUGUAGUAGAAGGGAUUGGAAUCAAUCGACUUACUCAGAAUUUUGACAUUGGAAGAGUACACAUAGAUGAUGCGUUUAGGGCCACAGAUGAAGAGGCGGUAAAGAUGGCCCGUUACCUUGUGAGAGAGGAUGGUCUCUUUGUUGGCAGUAGUUCAGCUGUUAAUUGCGUUGGAGCUGUACGUGCAGCACGCAAACUUGGACCUGGUCAUGUCAUUGUCACGCUUUUGAAUGACUCUGGCCAGAGACAUCUUACCAAGUUCUGGAGUGACGAGUAUUUGAAAGAGAACGGAAUUCCUUAUGAACUCAAAGAUGAAGAUACCAUAGAUACCAUUGUACGGUGAGGAGAAGUACGCUAUAUAAUUAAAAAAAAAUGGAAAUGUGCUCAAAUUUUUAAAGUGCAACCACUGAACGUUGAGCGUUGGGACAUGUUUCAG